AUGUCGGCCGAGCUGUUGGAUAGUGGUAGGGACAGCGGCAGGGACAGUGGUAGGGCCAGUGAUGCCCCAACGCCGGCCCGCAGGGAGAAGAAGCGCGUUGGUUGGCACACCAGUAGCAGCAGUGGAGGUGGUGGUAGUGGAGGAGAACCAGCCAGCCAAUUUGACCUCUCAACCCUAUCCCCAUCAGCUUCUCCCAAGCUCCCUGCUGGCGCCUUAAGUCCGGGCGGCCCGGACGCUUUUGAGCUCAGCCGCAAGCUCACCAAGGUCUUGUCCGAUGAGUCGUUUGAUAACACCGUCGUCGACCAACCAUCGCCUCAGUUCCACUUGCAACCUGAUUGGGACCCGGCUUCCAACCGCGGGCUUGGAAUCCGUCCCCCACGACCGGCAUUGCGACGUAACACGAGCUAUGAUGUACCCCAUGAGAAGGAGGAGGCCGACAAAGCCGAGCAACGAGCGGACAAGAGGACCCUGAGAUCCAUCACCGACGCGAGAAAUAGAGCAGACAAGCUUGCCAUUUCAUUGGGUAGCCACUCUGCCCCAGGUUCCAGACGAAACUCUGAGGACCUUGGUGCCUCAUUCCAGAGUUUGCUCAGCGACUCAGAUGACCCCCACAGUGGAAGAAGCCCGCGUCCUGCUGUUAUAGUCGAUGACUAUGAUAAUGACGAGGGAAAGGGAAUCAGAUCGAAACCCGCAAGGGGGGCUCCACCCAUGCUACGUCCACUUGUCACGUCUGGUCCCAGUGCUGCUGGUGGCGGCGGUUCUAGUCGGGGUCAAGCUGGUGUUUCCGCCGACGAUGUGAAUCUCCGGCGUCGUGCCCCCCACAAAGUCUUCCCAGAUGAAUAUGAAGCUAUUAAUGCUGCCACUUUGGACGAACACGAUAUAGCCGAGAAGCUCGUUCGUUCAUACACACGCAAGGGAAGAAAAGAUCUCUUUAACCCUCACCUUCCCCGGGCCACGUCUGGCACCUCAACUCCCGUUGCUCAGCAAGACUAUGUCCAUGACUAUGUGCCCCGACCCAGCAAAUACCGUGGAGGAGUCCUCUCCUCGCUCCUCAAGCUCUAUCACGAUGAUAGAUCCGUUGGAGGAGGAGGAGGAGGACAUGGUAGCACUGGGAACAACACACCUACGACCAAUCCUUCAACUCCCGUCAUUUCGCCACGGCCCUCACCCCCGACCUCGAGACCUGUAUCUCGAUCUGGAACCCCAAGGUCUAAGCGCUCUAGCGGUUUGUUUAACCUCCACCGGUCGCAUCACUCAGCAUCUUCUCUUACCCUAACUGAACUCAUGAAGUCGUCGUCCAUCUUCGCAGCACCGGGAUCCAGCGAGCUAUCCGACCGCAUGGCCGAACAAAUCCGUCGCGAGAAUGCCGCCCAACACCCCCCAAAGCCAAAGAAGGACCAAGCCCGAAUCACCGUUCACAUUGCAGGCAUCAUCUUCCGCCAUCGAUACCUUAUUAAGCUAUGCCGAGCACUCAUGAUGUACGGGGCACCGACUCAUCGCCUGGAGGAGUACAUGAUGAUGUCGUCCCGCGUCCUUGAGAUUGAGGGCCAGUUUCUGUACAUCCCAUCCUGCAUGAUCAUCAGCUUCGACGACAGCACUACCCACACAACAGAAGUUAAGGUUGUUCGUGUGCCGCAGGGCGUCGAUCUAGGCCGUCUCCGAGACGUCCACAUUAUCUAUAAGGAUGUCGUGCACGACUUGAUUAGUGUGGAGGAGGCGACGAAGAGACUCGACGAAGUGAUGAACCGCCCCCCGAAGUUCAAUGUCUGGUUCCGUGUGUUUAUGUACGGUGUCGCAUCGGUCUGUGUGGCUCCAUUCGCGUUCAAGGGCCGAUUCAUUGACUUGCCGCUUGCGUUUUUGCUCGGCUGCAUUGUCGGAGUACUCCAGCUGGUCCUUGCCCCGAGCAACGAUCUAUAUGCUCAUGUCUUUGAGGUUUCUGCAUCCGUGGUAACAUCAUUCCUCGCUCGCGGGUUUGGUUCUAUCAAUGGUGGCAAGACCUUUUGCUUCAGCACGUUGGCCCAGAGCAGUAUUGCAUUGAUCCUCCCCGGAUACAUGGUCUUAUGCAGCUCGCUGGAGCUGCAGAGUCAAAACCUUGUUGCCGGUAGUGUUCGUAUGGUCCAUGCCAUGAUUUACACCCUGUUCCUCGGAUACGGCAUUACCAUUGGGGCUUCACUAUAUGGUAUGCUCGACUCCAAUGCCACGAGCUCACCCACAUGUGAAAAUCCACUGGUUCGUGAAUGGAAUUUUUUCUUCGUGCCUGGAUUCACACUCUGCUUGUGCAUCGUCAACCAGGCCCAAUGGAAACAAACUCCGGUGAUGCUCAUGAUAUCUCUGGCUGGCUUCUGUGUCAACAGUUAUACCAGCGAUUACUUCAACAACAAUCAGAUUUCGAACAUGCUGGGCGCUCUCGCUGUCGGUCUUCUCUCCAACCUUUAUUCGCGACUUGGAGGGCACAUCCAACAUGGCUGGCUGGAUCUGCUGGAUUGGUGGCAGUACAAGGUACUCCCCCGCUUCUCCAAGAGCAGGAGGCGAAGAAUGAACAGAAAGGUCAGCGAGGACUACGGCAUGUCCGACCCCGAAUCUCGACCCGUGUCACCAGUGGAGGCAGAGCCACCGCGAAAGAAGAGACCAGCCGGCUACAGCCUAGCGGCGGCGGCCAUGCUUCCCGCUAUUUUUGUACAGGUUCCCAGUGGUCUCGCGGCAGGAGGCUCCCUCCUGGCCGGUAUCAACUCUGCCAAUGAGAUUACCAACGGCAAGAAAACCGACACGACUGCUACCGGUAACCUUGAUGGGACUGCAUUCAAUGUACUGUUAAGUGUCAUCCAGGUGGCCAUCAGCAUCAGUGUCGGUCUCUUCAUGAGCGCCCUGAUUGUUUACCCGCUGGGCAAACGCAGGAGCGGUCUUUUCAGCUUUUAA